UUUGCCUGGCUCUUGAAUUAUUUUAACUGCAAAAUAAAAAUAAAUUGUCUCAAGAGUUUUUCAGACCAAGAAUUAUUAGGACAAGCUCUUGAAGAUGCCUUGGAGAUAAUACAGCAACAUUCUGAUGGUGAUUUUGAUUAUGUGCCAGAAGACUAUAAAAGCUGUUUGAUGUACCACCACUAUUCUCUACAAGAAAACCCAAGUUCCUCGGCAGAAUCUCCCACAGAGAAACCAAUAUAUAGUUGGAAAAAUAGAAUAAAGUCUGAAGAAGACCUUUAUCCAAAUGGAGGUGUCUACUGUACCCUGCAGAAUCUUCCAGAAAGCCAAAUGAUGAGUACUGUAACCAUGCAGCAAAAAGGCAGCAAAGGCAAGAGAAAGCCACGGCUGUUUGAAUAUAUCCACGAAUCUCUUCACAACCCAGACCUGGCAAAUUGCAUCCAGUGGAUCGAUAAGCCCAAUGGCAUCUUCCAGUUUGUUUCAAAAAAUAAGGAGAAAUUAGCAGAACGGUGGGGGGAAUGCAAGGGAAACCGGAAGACCAUGACUUACCAGAAAAUGGCCAGAGCCCUACGGAAUUAUGGAAGGACAGGAGAAAUCAUUAAAAUCCGGAGGAAGCUGACUUAUCAGUUUGGUGCUGGCGUUCUGCAAAGGCUUUCUCCAGCCUGCUUCCUGGAAAAGGAUGGAGAUGUUGAGCAAUAUGCUGGAAAUAAUCAAGGGUGGCAGUAUUCAGAGGACUUGCCUUCUUAUCAUUCCUACUUGUUCCAUGGGCUGCAUGAUGUGCAGCAAGCUACUAUCCCGUUCUGUUAUGGGUCUUAG